CACUUCUUCACAACUCGGAUAAUUCGUUUUUCCCAGGGACCUGGCAGGCGGCCCCAGGAGUGUGGAUAACCCCGAGGCAGCCCCAGAGAUUCUAGAGGAGAAGGGAGGGGCCAACCCCAGGCACCGCACCUUCCCUCUCACAGUGCAGCGGACCAGAGAAGUGGCUGCGAGCCCCUGAAGCCACGAUGUCGGGCGAGUCUCCUCGGAGCCUGGGGAAAGGCAGUCCCCAGCCCGGCCCUGUUCCGUUGGGAGUUAUCCGGCUCUACAGCAUGAGAUUCUGUCCCUUUGCCCAGAGAACCAGGCUCGUCCUAAAGGCCAAAGGAAUCAAACAUGAGGUCGUCAAUAUUAACUUGAAAAACAAGCCUGAAUGGUUCUUUAAGAAGCAUCCCCUUGGUCUAAUACCAGUUCUGGAGAAUAGCAAGGGUCAGCUGAUACAUGACUCUUCUAUCACUUGUGAAUAUCUAGAUGAUGUUUAUCCAGGAAAGAAGCUGUUUCCAGAAGAUCCAUAUGAGAAAGCUUUACAAAAGAUGAAUUUGGAAUUGUUAAGUAAGAUACCAGGUUUGGCCAAGGAUGUUAUUACAGCAGUUCAAAACAAUGAACACGGUACCCCCAAGAAAGAAGAACUCUGUAAUGAAUUCAACAAAUUGGAGGAGGUUCUUAACCGACAAAGGACAACUUUUCUUGGUGGAAACUCUGUAUCUAUGAUUGAUUACCUCAUCUGGCCCUGGUUUGAACGGUUGGAACUAUAUGAGAUACCUAACUGCUUGGACCAAACCCCUGCUCUGAAGCUAUGGGUUGUUGCCAUGAGGAAUGACCCCAUCGUUGCAGCUCUCCUCACUGAUGUGAAGACAUUUAAAGGCUUCUAUGAUCUCUACUUUCAGAAUAAUCCUGAUGCCUUUGAUUAUGGUCUGUGAGGGGCUCUGUUGGAGCACUAGCUGCAGAAUCUACUGCUUCACUUUGGAUAUUUCCAAUUAUAGCCUCACAACAAAAUAAUUGUGUUUGAGCUCGUGUUAAGGAUUGCUAAUCCUUUUUUUCCCAAGAAGCUCUCAAUAAAAAUCUUAAAAUGUUC